AUGGCUGUGCUGGCGAUGUGUGGCCGGGUGUACUCCAGGGCUCUUUUAUCCCACAAUUUUGGGACCGAAGACGUGCUUAUGAUAAUUGGGACGGUCCUUUCUGCUGCCCAUCUUGGCGUCAGUCUUGAAACAAUCCACUACGGAGUCGGAAAGCACGUCGAGGAUGUGCCAGACCUCGAACGCUUCACCUCAAAUAUCUUGAAAUACACACUAGCCUCUGCCGUCCUAUUUAUACCGGCUACCGGAUUCGUCAAAGCGUCUGUCCUCGUCUUCUAUUACAAGACCUUCCCGGUCAGGAUCUUCGGCAUCAUCGUCACCCUGCUGCAGGGUAUCAUAGCGGCAUAUUCGGUCGCCUGCAUCUUCGCCUUGAUCUUCGGUUGCGAUCCGCUCGCACUCGCCUGGGAUCCGAGCAUCAUGGAAGGCUACUGUAUCAACCAAUUCGCUGUAUACUAUGCCCAAGCCGCGUUGAACGUGUUCACGGACCUCGCCAUCAUUACCCUCCCCAUUCCACUCAUAUGUGGACUCCACAUUCGUCGAAGCGAAAAAGCCAUCAUUUUCGCUCUUAUCCUCGUCAGCCUGGUGGCAGUCGGAGUGGAAAGUGCCAGGUUCAGCGCAAUCCAUAAGCUUCAAACGUCCAGCGACUUGACCUGGGCAACCGGAGAAGGAAUCAUCUUUGGACAGGUAGAGCUCAAUGUGAGCAUCAUUUGUGGGUCGGCGAUCGUGAUGCGGCCGUUUUUCCGGCGAUAUCUGCCUGCCUUGUUCCAUACGUCGAGGACGUCCUCGGAGCCGAGCAUGAUUACGAUUUCUUCCUCGUUGAGGGAAAUCGUCUAG